GAGCCAAAAGUAUACGGUACCGCACCUUGCCUUGCCCAGGGCAGAAGUCACCACCAAACCGCCCAAGCACGAAAGCUCCUUUAGGCUUCCAGGCAGACCAGCUUUCUCCUCCGACUCCUCCAACUCCUCCGCGUUUGCCCUAAACCUACAAACGACGAGCCACCUUCGCUGCUGCCGCCGAACGAGACGAGAUGGGAACGACCGACCGAUAAGGAUACCGAUGAGCAGACUCUCCUCGGCGCAUAUCGGGCGACAGCUAUCACAAAUCGACAACUACAAUCGCCGCACGCUUGAAUGUGCACCCUCGACUCGUCCCCCUCUGGACCGCCUCGUUCCAUCACCUCCGCUCCCUCGGAGCGGCCUACGCCAGCCAUCGUGCCGCACCGAUGUGGUUGCUAUUUCGGGCCAUCUUCAACUCCAUCUUCCUGCUAAGCAUCGUCCUCUCCAUUCCCGUCGCCUUCGAUGUCGGCGGCCGGGACAGCGGCCUGGCCUACAGCCUCGCCCUCUUCUUCUUCUACAUCGUCUACUCCGGCCUCGAGUUCCUGACCCCCGAGAAGUCACCCUCUCGCUUCCUCCUCUCCGCCUUCCUGCGGUCCGCGCAGUGGAUCGUCAUCCCGUCGUUGCUUAUUUGGGCGCUGGGGCAGUUUGCCGUCGAUGCGGGCAGCACUACGUGGGUGGAGCGGACGCUAGGUGGUUUGCUCAACUCCAAGAGCACGAGCUGGACGGAAUGGAGCUGGACGGAAUGGACGUUUGGCAAGGACGGGCUGUUGGAGACUGUUCUGCUGGGAGGGUGGGAUAACGUGCUGCGAUACUCGGGGCCUGUCUUCCAGCUCCUCGAGGGCUUCUGCACCCUGCUGGUCAUCCGGGCUGCGGGACAGCUCACCCGGUGGCUGGUCAACCGAGGGAGAAGCGAUACUUGGGUGGUGCUAACUAGUACGCAUAUCAUUCUCCUCGUCUUCUCGAGCUCCAUCAUGGCGAGCGCCCUCUACUUCCUCUGGCGGGUCGCCCAUUUCCCCCACAUCAGCAACGCAGACGCCACCCUCAUCAGUAUCGCCAUGACAACGGCCGUUUUCCUCUGCGCUUUCGGCAUCGGCAGCGGCAGAGGAAACCCUAUCGAGUCGUCUCUCCUCUUCGCCUACAUCGUUCUUUGCGUCUACCAGAUAUUCACUGACUACCUACCCUCCGAGCACGCCGAUCAAGCCGAUGGCCAAGCGAGCUCGCAACCCGACAUUCCCCCUUUGCCGCCCAUCAUCAUGGCGUCUUACUCCACAUUUCUCCACAUGCUGGGCUCGCUCCCCUCCGCUAUCUACUCCGCCCUCGCCCUCCUCUACGCCGCCUUCCAGACCAUCACCCCUUCGGUCAUCAUCUCUCUCACCUACCGCCUACUCGUCUUCUACUGCGCUACACGAAAUAUUCCUUCGGUGCGCGACUCUGGCGCACGAGCCAUGAUGCAGGAGCCAGACUGGGAGGACACGGAGACUGCAAGCAGGCUCCCGAGCUUCCUCAACUGGUUCUCGCCCUCAAUUUUAAUAGCAGUCUACACAGGCUUACUGUUGCAACACUUUUCGACGAGCGACGGCCCCGAUGGCUGGACGCUCAGAGGCGGUGAUGUCGGUGGAAGCACAUGGCAGUGGACCAACGUGGGGUUGACCAUGCUCCUCUACGGCGUGGAGCUCUACCUGGGCGCCGACGAGCAUGAUCAUUGGAAAGUGGAUUAAGAUUAGUAGGUGAAAUGGAUGACUUGGUGGGGGAGACAAUGGGACAUUCGAUUCGGACAGAUGGUGCUCACCUUACGAACAUGAACGGGGCUCGUGGCCCGAGGAGAGGGGGGAUGGGCUAGAAGAGAGGGCGUCGACAUUCAGUACCGAUACAUGUUCAAGGCAGCAUAAGGGGACUGGGACUUGGACUGGAAUGGGCAGUGGGGAUCGGCGCAGAACCGCACAUGGCGUUAGGGUAGGCACUUUUGUUCUUGAACAGCAUGGCGAUAUUUGAUAAUGUUUUUUUUCCCCCUCUUUUCAAUUUCAACUAUAGGGGGUAAUGUGAUGUUGUAUUGGGAGAGGAGAGUGAGGUUGUGACGGGAACGUCUGGGUGCUGGACCCAGGGUGGGGU